AUGGGAGACGAGAUGGAUGCUAUGAUCCCUGAGCGGGAGAUGAAGGACUUUCAGUUUAGAGCCCUGAAGAAGGUGAGGAUCUUUGACUCCCCUGACGAGCUGCCCAGGGAACGCUCAAGCCUACUGGCCGUGUCCAACAAGUACGGCCUGGUCUUCGCUGGUGGAGCCAGCGGGUUGCACGUCUUUCCUACUAAACAUCUUCUUAUUCAAAACAAACCUGGAGACGAUCCCAAUAAGAUAGUUGAUAAAGUUCAAGGCUUGCUAGUUCCUAUGAAAUUCCCCAUCCAUCACCUGGCCCUGAGCUGUGAUAACCUCACACUCUCUGCGUGCAUGAUGUCCAGUGAAUACGGUUCCAUUAUCGCUUUUUUUGACGUUCGUACAUUCUCAAAUGAGGCCAAGCAGCAGAAACGCCCCUUUGCCUAUCACAAGCUUUUGAAAGACGCGGGAGGCAUGGUGAUCGACAUGAAGUGGAACCCCACUGUGCCCUCCAUGGUGGCGGUGUGUCUGGCCGAUGGCAGCAUCGCUGUCCUGCAAGUCACCGAGACCGUGAAGGUGUGCGCGACGCUGCCUCCCUCCGUCGCGGGGACGUCCGUGUGCUGGAGCCCCAAAGGAAAGCAGCUGGCAGUGGGGAAGCAGAACGGAACUGUGGUCCAGUACCUCCCGACUUUGCAAGAAAAAAAAGUCAUUCCUUGUCCUCCAUUUUAUGAGUCAGAUCAUCCUGUCAGAGUUCUAGAUGUGCUGUGGAUUGGGACCUACGUCUUCACAAUAGUGUACGCUGCUGCGGAUGGGACCCUGGAGACGUCUCCGGACGUGGUGAUGGCUCUGCUCCCGAAAAAAGAUGAAAAGCACCCAGAGGUGUUCGUGAACUUCAUGGAGCCCUGCUACGGCUGCUGCACGGAGAGGCAGCACCACUACUACCUCAGCCACGUGGAGGAAUGGGAUUUAGUGCUGGCGGCAUCUGCGGCUUCCACAGAAGUCAGCAUCCUUGCCCGACAGAGCGACCAGGUUAAUUGGGAAUCGUGGCUCCUAGAGGACUCUAGUCGAGCCGAACUGCCUGUGACAGACAAGAAUGACGACUCCCUGCCCAUGGGAGUGGCCAUAGACUACACUAACCAGGUGGAAAUUGCCCUCACUGAUGAGAAGACUCUUCCUCCGGCUCCGGUUCUUCUCUUACUCUCAACCGAUGGUGUGCUCUGUCCGUUUUACAUGAUCAACCAGAAUCCCGGGGCGAGGUCCCUCAUCAAGAUCCCAGAGCCGCUCCCGUUGGAGGGAGAGCGCCAGCCCAGGUCGACAGGAAGUAUUCCCACCACCCCAACCUCGCCCGUCCCGCAGAAACCCGAGGCUUCAGCCACAGCUCCUGUCUCCGUCCCGCCUUCCCUGCCGGCUGCCCCCACCACCGCCUUCUCCCUGCCCCCUGCCGUGGGGGCCUCUGCCGGCUUCUCCUUUGGUUCUUCGUCCUUGAAAUCAUCUGGGUCUGCUGCUGGGGAGCCCCCUCCGUACCCCAGUGGUUCUGACGCCUCCAAAGCAGCAGUGGGCUCCAGUGCUUUUUCAUUCGCUCCUCAAGCCCCCCUGGCGCCCACCCCCGCAGCCUCCCCGAUGGCACCCGCAGCCGCCUCGUUCUCCUUUGGGUCCUCGGGCUUUAAGCCUGCCUUGGAAAGCACCCCGAUGCCAAGCGCGUCCACUCCCGGCCUUGGAUUGAAGCCCUCCUUCCCACCCUCAGCCUCUGCUGUCAAGCUCAACCUCGGCGACAAGUUCUCUGCCGUGGCUGCCUCUGCUCCUAACAGCUCACCGAGCACACCCCCAACGCUGCCCUCUGCCGCCGCCAAGCCAGCUUCCGGACCUCUCAGCCACCCCACGCCCCUCUCAGCAUCAUCCGGCUCCGCGUCAGCCAAGGCCUCCGCCGCCCCCUCAGCAUCAGGGCGGUCUGCGCAUGGCGGCCCCGGCCCAGUGUCCUCCCUGGGGCAGAAAUCGCCCAGGAUAGCCGCUCCCGUGGCCAAGACGGCCUCUCCCCAGGCGAAAUCACUUCCGACUCCUGCAGAAAAGCAGGGGCAUCAGUGGAAAGAGUCAGACCCUGUCAUAGUUGGAAUUGGCGAGGAGAUCGCGCACUUCCAGAAGGAGCUGGAGGAGCUGAAAGCCCGAACCGCGAAAGCCUGCUUCCAGGUGGGCACCCCCGAGGAGAUGAAGACGCUGCGGACAGAGUCGGACGACCUGCACGGCUUCCUCCUGGAGAUCAAGGAGACCACGGAGUCUCUUCACGGAGACAUAAGUACCCUGAAGACCACUCUGCUGGAGGGCUUUGCGGGUGUGGAGGAAGCCAGAGAGCAGAGCGAGAGGAACCGUGACUCGGGAUACCUGCACCUGCUCUACCGCAGACCCCUGGACCCCAGGAGCGAGGCGCAGCUCCAGGAAAUUCGGCGCCUUCAUCAAUAUGUGAAGUUUGCUGUCCAAGAUGUGAAUGAUGUCCUAGACUUGGAGUGGGAUCAGCAUCUGGAGCAAAAGAGAAAACAAAAGCGCCUGCUUGUGCCCGAGCGAGAGACGCUGUUUAACACCCUGGCCAACAACCGGGAGAUCAUCAACCAGCAGAGGAAGAGGCUGCACGGCCUGGUGGACAGUCUGCAGCAGCUGCGGCUUUACAACCACGCGUCCCAGUGGCGCCUGCCCUCGGCGCCCUCGCAGAGCAGCUCUCACAGUUUUGACAGUGACCUGGAAAGCCUGCGCAAUGCUUUGUUGAAAACCACCAUAGAGUCUCACACCAAACCCUUGCCGAAAGUGCCAGCCAAACUGUCCCCUGUGAAGCAGGCGCAACUGAGAAACUUCCUGGCCAAGAGGAAGACCCCGCCAGUGAGAUCCACUGCUCCAGCCAGCCUGUCUCGGUCGGCCUUCCUGUCCCAGAGGUACUACGAAGACCUGGAUGAAGCCAGCUCCACGUCCUCCAUCUCUCAGUCCCUGGAGAACGAGGACCCGCGGGCGCCCUGCAAAGAGGACGACGCCGCGGCCCAGGUGCCCCGCCACGCACCCGUGGUGCGCACUCCCUCCGUGCAGCCCGGCCUCCUGCCCCCGGCGGCGCCUUUUGCCAAAUCUCACCUGGGUCAUGGUCCACCCGGCACGCUGGGAGCUUCCGCAUCUCCGUCUGCCAGCAAAGUCAUUCCUCAAGGGGCCGACAGCACGAUGCUCGCCACCAAAACCGUGAAGCACGGUGCACCGGGCCCCUCCCACACCAUCCCGGCUCCGCAGGCGGCCGCCGCCGCGGCACUGAGACGCCAGAUGGCCAGCCAGGCGCCAGCUGUAAGCACUCUGACCGAAUCAACUCUGAAGACUGUCCCUCAAGUGGUAAAUGUGCAGGAACUGAAGAACAACCCUUCAUCUCCGGCGCUGGGGUCUCCGGUGUCACACUCCGUAGCCAAAACUCCGCACCCCGCGCUGGCUCCCGGGACUGCGAGUAACCAAUCCAAGCAGGGAUCACUAAUAAAUUCCCUAAAGCUGUCGGGGCCCACAUCAGCCUCUGGUCAAUUGUCAUCCGGUGAUAAAGCUUCAGGGCCAGGGGCAACCAAGAUAGAAACCGCUGUGACUUCUGCUCCAUCUUCUGCCGGGCAGUUCAGCAAGCCCUUCUCAUUUUCUUCAUCAGGGACUGGCUUCAAUUUCGGGAUAAUCACGCCAACACCAUCUUCCACUUUCGCUGCCGCACCAGGGGCAGCACCCCCUGCCAAAGAGUCCAGCCCGUCGGACACGUUCCCGUUCGGCGGGGGAGGCAAACCUUUAGCGGAGGCCACCCCCGAGAGCUCGUCUCCCUCCCCAGGGGCGGCCGCGCCCGCGGCUCCCGCAGGGGAGCCGGCUCCACCGGGCAGCCGGCCUGCGGCCCCUCCUGGCAUCGCCCUCUCCACCCCUCCCGGCAAGCUGGAAGCCGCGCCGUCCCAGGCGGGGGAGCUCCUCUUCCCGAGCUCUCUGGCUGGGGAGACUCUGGGGAGCUUCUCGGGGCUGCGGGUCGGCCAGGCAGAGGACUCCCCAAAGCCAGCCAGUAAGGCUCCCUCCGCCAGCCUGGGCGGCGCCCAGCCCGCCAAGACUCCCCUCAUCUCCUCGGGGUUUAACUUCGGCGGCCCUCCCGCGCUGGGGAAGCCCGCGGAGCCUCCCCUGACCUCUGUGACCGCCACCACGGCGGCACCAGCAGCCGGCACCAGCACCAGCACCAGCAGUGCCUCCCCUGGUGUCUUCGGCGGCCUGCCCCUCGCCAGCUCUGGGGGCCUGGGUUUUGGCGGCAUAUCUCUGAGUGGCAGCAAGACUGGCUUUUCAUUUGGAAGUCAGCCCACGAGUGGCACAGCGCCCCCACCCGCCGCACCACCGGCCACCACCGCCACUCCCCUCCCCACUUCGUUCUCCGCCUUGUCGUUCGGAAGCCUCCUCAGUACGGCGCCUGCUCCCACCCCGCCUGUGCCCUCUGCGGAAGGCACCGAGGAGGCGACGGCCCCGUCCGUGCCCGAGAAGCCGGGCCCCGGUGAGGCCCCGGCACCUGCAGCCUCGCUCCCGGGGCCGCAGCCGUCAGCGCCGCCUCCCCAGGCCCCUCAGCAAACCCCCGAGGCCGCGAGGGAGCCUGCCCCCGCCCAGCCCGCAGGCAGCAGCCCAGAGGCCGUGCCGCCCAGUUCCAGCCCCCCGGCACCUUCCGCAGAGACCCCGGCAGCAGCCACCGGGGUCCCUGACGCCAAGACGGAACCAGCUCCUCCCUCCCUGUCGGCGCCUGGGCAGCCGGCUGUCACCACAGCUUCAACCCCGAGUGCGGGCCCUGUGGCCACAGAAGCACCGAGUGCCCCCGCCACCGCCAGUGCUGCUGCCAGCGCUGCUGCAAGCCCCGCUGCGGAGUCGGUGGCGUUCGGCACCGUCACCUCUGGGUCCUCUGUCUUCACUCAGCCACCUGCUGCCAGCUCCAGCUCCGCCUUCAGCCAGCUCCCCGGCAGCACGGCCUCCCCUGUGUUUGGGCAGGCGGCAGCCAGCACCGCAUCGAGCCUGUUUGGGCAGCAGACGGCCAGCACGGCCACCGCCACGCCGCCGGCCAGCAGCUCGGGGUUCGGCAGCCCAGCUUUCGGCACCUCGGGCACGGGGGUCUUCGGGCAGGCGGCCUUCGGGCAGGCCCCGGCCUUCGGGCAGGCGACGAGCAGCCCCGCGAGCAGCUUCUCCUUCAGCCAGCCCGGCUUCAGCUCCGGGGCCGCCUUUGGCCAGGCCGUGUCCUCCCCGACCACGUCCACCAGCGGGAGCGUCUUCGGUGCCACUUCGAGCGCCAGCAGCUCCAUCUCCUUCUCGUUCGGCCAGUCCUCUGCCAACACCGGCGCGGGCGUGUUCGGCCAGAGCAGCCCGCCGGCGUUUGGGCAGAGCCCGGGCUUCGGGCAGGGAAGCUCUGUGUUUGGCGGCACCUCGGCCACCACCACGACAGCAGCGUCCUCUGGCUUCAGCUUCUGUCAAGCGCCAGGUUUUGGGUCCAGUAAUGCUGGUUCUUUGUUUGGUCAAGCAUCCAAUACUAGUGGAACAGUGUUUGGCCAGCCGUCACCGUCCUCCGGCGGCAGUGUGUUCGGGUCCGGCGGCGCCGGCCGAGGGGGUGGCUUCUUCAGCGGCCUCGGAGGGAAACCCAGCCAGGACGCCGCCAACAAAAACCCGUUCAGCGCGGCCAGCGGCGGCUUCGGCUCCUCGGCCACCCCAAAUACCUCUAGCCUGUUCGGAAACAGCGGCGCCAAGACGUUCGGCGGCUUUGCCAGCUCGUCGUUCGGAGAGCAGAAGCCUGCCGGCACCUUCAGCGCCGGAGGAGGCAGCGUGGCGUCCCAAGGCUUCGGGUUCUCCUCUCCGAACAAGACAGGUGGCUUCGGUGCUGCUCCAGUGUUUGGCAGCCCUCCUACUUUUGGGGGAUCCCCUGGGUUUGGAGGGGUGCCAGCAUUCGGUUCAGCCCCAGCCUUUACAAGCCCUCUGGGCUCGACGGGAGGCAAAGUGUUCGGAGAGGGAACGGCGGCUGCCAGCGCAGGAGGAUUCGGGUUCGGCAGCGGCAGCAGCACCACGUCCUUCGGCACCCUGGCCGGCCAGAACGCGCCCACCUUCGGGGCGCUGUCCCAGCAGACGUCGUCCUUCGGCGCCCAGAGCGGGGGCUUCUCCGGCUUCGGGGCGGGCACAGGAGGAUUCAGCUUUGGAUCAUCGAACUCGUCUGUCCAGGGCUUUGGUGGCUGGAGAAGCUGA